AUGCCUAUAAUUAGUGAUGAACAAAUAUGCCUUGAAGGUGAUAAAGAAAAUGAAGAUAUUUAUGCUAAUAUUAUGCAGAAUUCUGAUUGUCAAGAGAAAAUAUCUGUUUGGAAAAUGGAGUUUGACUCAGAAGAGCAUGCUCACCAAUGGUAUAAUGAAUAUGCUAAAGAAGUUGGAUUUAGCAUUCGAAAGCAAUGGAAAAAUGAGGAUAGAUUUAGUGGAGUAAUAUCAAGUAGAAGAUUUGUCUGUUAUAAGGAAGGCUACAGAAAAAAAGACAAGCGAGUGGUUGUGAAAAAGCCGCGAAAAGAAACUAGAACUGGUUGCUUAGCAAGACUAACUAUUUCUCUUCAAGCUAAUGGAAAAUAUCAGGUCAUUGAUUUUGAAUCAAAUCACAAUCAUGAGUUAGUGGAUAAGUCAUGUGUACACAUGUUACCUUCUCAAAGAAUUAUUACUGAUGUUCAAGCUAUUGAAAUUGAGUUGGCAGAUAAUUCAGGUAUACCACCUAAAUUGGCACAUGAAUUGAUGAGUCGUCAAGUUGGAGGUAGAGAAAAUCUUGGUUUUACUAAGCAAGAUCAUAAAAAUUAUUUGAGGACUAAGAGGAAAAGAGAUUUGCAGCAAGGUGAAGUUGGGGGUCUUUUGAAUUAUUUUCUUGGUCAAGUAUCAGAAAAUCCAUCAUUCUUUUUUCGAGUUCAAUUGGAUGUUGAAGACCAAAUCACUAACAUAUUCUGGGCUGAUGCUAAAAUGAUUUUCGACUAUGGUAUAUAUGGUGAUGUGGUAUUCUUUGACACAACUUACAGGACCAAUAAAGAGUGUCGACCUUUUGGAGCAUUUGUUGGAGUAAAUCAUCAUUAUCAACUAGUCGUAUUUGGGGCCUCUUUGUUAUAUGAUGAAACUAGUCAGUCAUUUGAAUGGCUAUUUCAUACAUUUUUUGAGUGUAUGUCUGAUAAAAAGCCAAAGACAAUAUUUACUGACCGAGAUCCUGCAAUGGCAAAGGCAAUAUCUUUAGUGAUGCUAGAGACUUAUCAUAGAUUGUGCUUAUGGCAUAUUUAUCAAAAUGCUCUUAAAAAUCUUAAUCAUCUAUUUAAGAGCCAAAAAACCUUCAAUGCUGAUUUUAGAAGUUGCAUAUAUGAUGGUGAGUAUGAAGAGGAGUUCAUUAGUGCUUGGGAGAAUAUGUUGGAAAAAUAUGAUCUUCAAGAAAAUGAAUGGUUGCAAGAUCUAUUUAAAGUGCGAGAAAAGUGGGCUAUGGUGUAUGGGAGAAAUACCUUUUCUGCGGGUAAGAAAAGUACACAGCUUAGUGAGAGUUUCAACUCUCUUUUAAAAGAUUAUUUGAAGUCUGAUUUGGACAUAGUACAAUUUUUCAAACAUUUUCAAAGGGCUGUUGAUGAUGUCCGUUAUAAUGAAGUUUGUGCAAACUAUGACAUGAGCCAAAAAAUUCCCACUUUGAAGGUUAAUGUUCCUUUGUUGAGACAUGCCAGAGAUAUCUACACAGGAGCUGUUUUUACUAUGUUCCAAGAUGAGUUCGAAAAGUCAUUGAUGGUGGUUGUUGACACUUUUCAUCAAAGUGGACCAGUUUCUACAUAUAAAGUUCAUAAUUGUGAAGCCAUAUUUUGA